AUGGCGAUCGGGAUUUCUGUCUCCACCAGUUCCACCACCUUCCAACACAAGCACAGCCCAUUUCUCCGCAGCAAACUCACGUCCAUAAUCACUCCCACUUCACUGUUCCCUCCCUCCAUUCAAAAAUUCUCUAAGAUUUUACAAUAUAAAACGAAGCCUAAGCCUCGCCAGACUGUUUUUCUUGUGAUGGAGGAUCAGAAAUCAAAUAGUAGUGGAGACGUAGGAAUCUCCGCCGCCCGCCUCGCGGAGAAAUCAGCGAGGAAGAAAUCUGAGAGGCUCACAUACCUUGCUGCAGCUGUUAUGUCCAGUUUUGGAUUUACUUCGAUGGCUGUCUUGUCUGUUUAUUAUAGAUUUUCUUGGCAAGUGGAGGGUGGAGAAAUUCAUUACGCAGAGAUGUUUGGAACAUUUGGUCUUUCCAUUGGCGCUGCUGUGGGAAUGGAGUUUUGGGCAAGAUGGGCACAUAGAGCUCUAUGGCACGCUUCAAUGUGGCACGUGCACGAGUCACACCAUAGACCAAGAGAAGGCCCCUUCGAGCUUAACGACGUCUUUGCAAUGAUCAAUGCUAUUCCGGCAAUAGCCCUUUUCACCUAUGGUUUCUUCCACAAAGGCCUCAUUCCUGGUCUAUGUUUUGGUGCUGGUCUUGGGAUUACAGUAUUUGGCAUUGCUUAUAUGUUUGUUCACGAUGGUCUAGUUCACAGGCGAUUUCCAGUGGGCCCCAUCGCCAAUGUGCCAUAUUUCAGAAGAGUCGCUGCAGCUCAUCAACUCCAUCACUCGGACAAGUUCAAUGGAGUCCCAUAUGGGUUGUUCCUAGGACCUCAGGAAGUUGAAGGAAUAGGAGGAAUUGAAGAGCUAGAAAAGGAAGUCAACAGAAGAAGUAAAUUUUCCAAAAGGAAAUGA